CUGGAAUAUUUGUUUUUCUGCAGCAUUCAACAGUUAAAACUGUGUUUGUAUAACUAUUUUAAAAACAUCAAUAUAUCUGUUUUGUUCAUAUGUAAAAGUAAUGUAAAUAUACAGUUUCCAGUAAUGUGGUAUUGAGUGGAAAAUAGCAUCUAGAGGGAAAUGUGAGCUGAAGCUGUGACACUGUAUACUCCAUCAAUGAUCGAUCCAGAGGAUUUUGACGAAGGACUUUCCAGUCAGGCUUUACUAGUAGAAGAUGACGACGAUGACAACUUUGAUUUGAAUGUUCCACCCACAACUGGAAAUGAAUACCUUAGACGAGUCAGACAGGAGGCAAAGGGGUGCCCAAAGGUUGUUGUAGCUGACAUUGAUACGACUGUAUUCAGUGAUAGGCAGACUGUGAAAUACAAGGAGCCAUCUGGAUGUCUUCCAGCACCACGUGGCCUGGCACCAUCUCCAGAGUGGAUUAAAAUGCAAAUCACAGAAUUUACUCAACUUAGACAGAAAUUAGCACGAUUUAAAGCUAUGAUGCAAAGUGGAGAGGUGAAAGUGAAAAAGCAAUCUUUGCCUGGUCCUAAUGAUGUCAAUGCCUGGUGUCGCUUGUGUUUUGGACCAAUCAGAGUGCAGCCAUUUGGCCAGCCCGUUGCAGCAACAAACUUUGUUGAGCCAAUGGUUGAAGGAAGUAAUGGCUCAGACUCACCAGCUCAACCCGCCUUCACUGGGACCCCGCCCCUUCUCAGUAUUGUGGUGUCCAUGGAUCAGCACACCGUGGUGCGGGUGUUAGAAUACCACGUCAACUGGCUGGAGGCUACUGGCUUCACCACCGAACAGGGACGAUGGUUUUAUGCGUUGUUGGCUAGUUUACAGAAACCUCUACUUCCCGAGGCCUGUGCGUUAUUAAGAACUCUCGCACGACUGGUGUCCAAUCUACGGGCUUCUAUGCUUGAUGCAAGUGAUUCCAGAGUUUCCGAAUUGAAUUUAAUAAUAACACUGGUGUCACGAUACUUCGAGCAAUCUGACUUGGCAGACUGAGUUAUUGGUUAAUACUUUGAGCAAAUUGACUUAACAGACUGAGUGAUUAUUACUCCAUCACCCUGUGUUGUAUCAGAUAAUGAUGUGCAUCUACUUUUAGUGUAUGUAUGUUAACUGACUGAUCUCAUUGACUAUGUUGUCCACCAGAUACAACAGGAAAUAAUAUGAAUCUAUGGUCUGUGAAGAGGUCUCUUCAAAUAAGAUAUUGGUCUCCACUGUAUGAUCACUGAAGAGACUGACUACCAUGUUUGUUAUCUUAAAGGGACAUUCCUGAGUUUGUUGCAACUUUUAAGAUGUUAUUGACUAACAGAGACCUUUUAACGAUUGUAAUUACAUAUCAAAUAUAUUUUUCUGCAUAAAAUAUUAGUGGCUGUAUAUUAAACUUGUCUCUGAUCGUUCUGAUAUUUUUACUAGGUUAAAUUUCAUUUUAUUUCAUAAAAUAUAAUUUCUUCGUACGUUUGAAUUUAUUUCAAAACAGAAUCCAGUUUGGACUCCUUACAAAUAUUAAGACAACCAGAAACACAUUGAAUGUAUUCUAAACAAGAAAAUAUAUUCAAUAUGUAAGUUUAAUCAUAGAAAUAUUUUAUUAGUCGGA